AUGGAAUUCGAGUCAUUUUCUUCAUCGCCAGAUCCCGAAUGGAUGCACUCUUCAUCGCCAGAUCCCGAAAGGAUGCACGACGUGUUCAUCAAUUUCAGGGGAGAAGACACCCGUAUGAAUUUCGUUUCUCAUCUCCAUGCUGCCCUCUCAAAUGCUGGAGUCAACACCUUCCUUGACGAAGCAAACUUUCCGAAGGGAGUUGAGCUAAAACAGGGACUGUUACGAACGAUUGAAAGGUCUCGCAUAUGUCUAGUUGUCUUCUCCAGAAACUACACUGAAUCUUCUUGGUGUCUUGAAGAGUUGGAAAAUAUCAUUGAAUGUCACCAAACUUAUGGCCAUAUAGUUUUGCCCAUAUUUUACCUUGUUACGCCAUCCCAAGUUCGUCAUCAAACUGGUGAUUUUGGAAACACUUUGAAAGCAUUUGCACGACAAAGAUUGUGGGGAAAAUCUGUGAUGUUGAGGUGGAAAAACGUACUCACCGCAGCUACAAAUUUUUCUGGUUGGGAUGUCACCGAUAACAGGAACCAGGCUCAAUUAGUGAAGGAAAUUGUUGAGGUGGUUAUAAAGAAAUUAGACAAUACAUCCAUGUCUGUAACUGAAUUUCCUGUUGGAUUGGAAUCCCGUAUGCAAGAAGUGAUUGGAUUUAUUGCGAACAAAUCCUCCACAGUUUGCAUUAUAGGGAUAUGGGGAAUGGGAGGAUUGGGUAAAACUACCACAGCAAAAGUCAUCUUCAAUCAGAUUCACCACAGAGGCUACGUUACGGAGAUACUAAAUGGCUGUGGACUACAUGCUGAUAUUGGAAUAGCAGUUCUCAUAGAACGUAGCCUCAUAAAAGUUGAAAAGAGCAAUAAACUCGGAAUCCAUGAUUUGCUACGAGACAUGGGAAGAGAGAUAAUCCGGGAAAGCUCAACAAAGACACCAGGGAAGCGUAGUCGAUUGUGGUUUCAUGAUGAUGUAGUUGAAGUGUUGACAAAGAAUACUGGGACAGAAGCUAUUGAGGGAUUGACACUGAAAAUACAGUUAACCAGCACAGGUUGCUUCAAUACUUCUGCUUUUAAGAAAAUGCAGGGAUUGAGACUAUUGCAUCUUGAUCAUGUAAAACUCAGUGAAGAUUAUGGGUAUCUUCCCAAGCAGCUGAGAUGGAUCUAUUGGAAAAGAUUUCCUUUGAAAUACAUCCCAAACAAUUUUUGUAUGCAACGCGUAAUUGCUAUCGAUUUAAAGUACAGUAAUCUUAGACAAGUCUGGAAAGAACCCCAGGUUUUUCCGUGGUUGAAAAUCCUCAAUCUUAGUCAUUCCAAGUUCUUGAUAGAAACCCCUGACUUUUCAAAACUACCUAGUCUUGAAAAGCUCAUUCUCAAAGAUUGUCCAAGUUUGUGCAAGGUAGACCAAUCCAUAGGAGAUCUCUGCAAUCUACAACUCAUAAAUUUGGAGGACUGUACAAGCCUUAGCAGUCUCCCCAUAGAAACAUAUAAGUUGAAAUCUUUGAAAACUCUCAUCCUAUCUGGUUGUUCGAAAAUAGAAAAAUUGGAAGAAGAUAUAGGGCAGAUGGAAUCCCUGACAAGUCUAAUUGCUAAAAAUACUGCCGUGAAACAAGUUCCCUUUUCAAUAGUGAGAUCAAAAAGCGUUGGAUAUAUAUCCCUAUGUGGAUUUGAAGGAUUAUCACGUAAUGUUUUUCCUUCUAUCAUUUUGUCUUGGAUGUCACCAACAAUGAAUCCCCUAUCUCAUAUUCAUUCGUUUAGUGGCACUUCAGCAUCUAUUGUCUCCAUGGAUACGCAGAAUAACGCUUUGGGUGAUCCAGCACCAGUGCUUAGUAACCUUUCAAAUCUUCGAAGUGUUUUGGUGCAAUGUGACACAGAGUUUCAACUAUCUACACAAUUAGGAGCGGUUCUGGAUGGCGUAUAUGAUGUAAAUAUUUCUGGGUUAGAAAUAACAUCAGAAGCAUCACAAACUUCAAAGCAUUCCUUGAAUUCCUACAUGAUUGGCAUUGGAAGUUACGAAGAAGUUUUCAAUACUCUCAGCAAGAUCAUAUCUGAGGGAUUGACAGCCAGUGAGUCUUGUGAUGUUUUACUCCCAAGUGACAAUUAUCCUUCUUGGUUGGCCAAGACCGGUGAGGGACAUUCAGUGUCUUUCAUUAUGCCCGAGGAUUGUCGCAUAAAGGGAAUGGCUUUGUGUGUUGUGUAUUGUUCAAACCCUGAAAACACGAUGACUGAAAGCCUUGUUAGUGUCUUAUUGGUUAAUAACACAAAGUCCACAAUCCAUAUAUACAAGCAUGAGACAUUAAUAUCCUUUAAAGAUGAAGAUUGGGAGGGUUUAAUGUCACACUUAGGAUCUGGAGACACCGUGGAGAUUUUUGUGACUUUUGGAGAUGGAUUGGUGGCCAAGAAAACAGCUCUGUAUCUCAUAUGUGAUGAAUCAAUUGAGAAGGAAAUGGUCCCUUCUCGUAAGCGAAAGAAAGAGGCAGAGAACAAUGCCUUUGUAAGAUUUGUACGGAAAAUUAGUCGUGGCAUUAGGACUUUUGUUUUCUCUUUCUUUUCACUUCCUCACAGCAAAAAGAAGCCUUGUAUAUAG